CUGUGCUGGGGAACAUGUGCAGCACUCUGAGCACAAAGCUUUAGAGCCGUGCAGAGCACAUCACUCCGGAACUACUGUAGUUUUUAUUAACUGUGGCUGUGUUUGGUGCGCGUGCUGUGCGUCUGUGUCUGUGUGCGCGUGCUGUGUGGAGACUCGGAAACAUGCCGAAGAGAGCCAAGAAAAACGAGGCUUCUGCAGAAGCAGGAAACGACAACGGAACAGAACCAGAAACAAAGAAAGGGAAGAAGGCAAAGGAACCCGAAGCCCCAGUGUUAUAUGAAGAUCCCCCAGAUAAGCUGACCAGCAAGAGUGGCCGGGCAGCCAACAUGAAGUUAACCUCGUGGAACGUAGAUGGCCUUCGUGCGUGGGUUAAGAAGAAAGGGCUUGAUUGGGUGCGUCAGGAGGCUCCAGAUGUGCUUUGUCUUCAGGAGACGAAGUGUGCUGAGAAAGCUUUACCAGCAGAUAUCACAUCUAUGCCUGAGUAUCCAUAUAAGUACUGGUCAGGCUCAGAAGAUAAAGAGGGUUACAGUGGAGUGGCCAUGCUGUGCAAGACUGAGCCUCUUAAUGUCACUUACGGAAUUGGAAAAGAGGAGCAUGACAAAGAGGGCCGCGUGAUAACUGCCGAGUUCCCUUCCUUCUUUCUGGUUACCGCAUACGUGCCCAACUCUGGGCGCGGUCUGGUUCGCCUCGACUACCGUAAAACGUGGGAUGUAGAUUUCCGCGAAUACCUGAGCGACCUGGACAGUCGCAAGCCCCUGGUGCUGUGUGGUGACCUCAACGUGGCCCACCAGGAGAUUGACCUGAAGAACCCCAAAGGCAACCGUAAGAAUGCAGGCUUCACUCCUGAAGAGCGCGAAGGUUUCAGCCAGCUCCUGGCCGCUGGCUUUACCGAUAGCUUCCGUGAGCUGUAUCCGGAGCAGACCAACGCCUACACCUUCUGGACGUACAUGAUGAACGCACGGGGCAAGAACGUGGGUUGGCGCCUGGACUACUUCCUGCUCUCGGCUGCUUUGCUCCCAAGCUUGUGUGACAGCAAGAUUCGUAACACGGCCAUGGGGAGUGACCACUGCCCCAUCACCCUCCAUCUGGCUAUAUAAACAUAUGACUACUUCUGUCAGUAUGGGUUCGCAUUCACUACUUCCUAAGGGCAGCGGGUGUUUCACUUUUCCCCCCUAACUUGUGUAGAUCGAGGCAAACGCUUCCAAUAUCUGUAUCUCUUUCCUGAAAUAUUUUACCUAUUAAAAAGCCCAGACCGGUAAUUAGACCAUUAGAGCUAAGACGGAACAGAGGGUGGAUUUGAUUCAGGGUUUGUAGUUUUGUUGUGGAUAUUAUUCCCAUGAUGGUUGGUUUGUUUUUGGUUCUGUGUUCCUGCUAAUGAUCUCUCCAAAAGAAGUCUGACUUUAGAGUAUGGCGUACGACGGAAACUUUGAUCUUGUGUAUUUUUCUGACACAUCUGUCUCGUAUCAUUCCAUUAAGCAGAUGUAAUGCCAACAUUUGUACUCCAUGUCCGAUGAAAUGAAACAAAAGCAGACCCCUUGUACUCCAGCUCAAUAACAAAGCAUUGUUCAUGUUGCAUCUGGAUCGAAGUUUCACAAAAGUAAUGAACAUUACCACCAAAUGUUGACUUUCUGAACAUUUUUCAAAUCACAUUUUUUAAACAAUAGUGAUUCUCGAUCUGAGUUUCAGGUAUGAAGUAGUUAAGAUUUGUUUAGUUCCUUUACCUUCAAUUGACAGUGGCUUAGUAAUCAUCUUCACGGUGCUUCCUACUUUUAUUGCAAAACAGUUGGGGCUUUUUUUUUUUUUAGUUACUUCUGUUGAGACAAAAAUAAAUUGCUAAACA